AUGUCCACCGCAGACGUCGACCCGCACAAGCUUUGGCUCGAGACACCCCUCCUAUACUCGUCGCACAUAUCCGCCAGGCUCGGCUGCAACGCCUACCUCAAGCUCGAGAAUCUCCAGCCGUCCCAGUCAUUCAAAUAUCGCGGCAUUUCCUACUUUAUUCAAGAUGCACUCCGACAGCAUGGUCCAGAAGUGCAUCUGGUCAUCGCGUCCGGGGGGAACGCAGGCCUCGCCGCGGCAUGUGCGAGCAAGGCCCUCGGGCUGCGCUGCACGGUGUAUCUCCCCGAGGGCGUCGGCGCCUCGACGAUCCAGUUCAUGAAAAGAGAGGGUGCCGAAAUUGUCACAGUGGGUAAGUUCUACUUGCAAGCCCUGAGGAAGGCAGAGGAGGUUGUCAAAGCGGACCCGAAUGCCGUGAUGGUACCGGCAUACGACGAAUAUCUCCUCUGGGAGGGCCAUGGAUCGAUGAUACCGGAGAUAUCGCGCCAGCUCCCGCCAGGGACCAAACCGGAUGCCAUCGUGUGCAGCGUCGGUGGAGGUGGACUGGCUGGCGGCGUUAUGCAUGGCUGCAAAUCUAUCGGAUGGGCUGAUGUAUCAUUCAUCGCCGUCGAGACAACCGGCUCCAACUGCUUCUAUCAGUCGCUCGCGGUCAAUCCUGGAGUGUUUCCAAUGACCAGUACUCCUCCAGAGGGCGUCAGAGUAGAGCACGAUGCAGCAUAUGACGUGAAGGUCGCCCACCUAUCUACACUUUCGUCUCGCGCAAGCUCGCUUGGGGCGUCCUCGCCCGCAGCGGGCAUCGUGAAGAUGGCGUUGGAGAGGAAGGGUCGCAUCAAGAGCGUGUGUGUUCCUGACGAGAUGACUAUGCAAGCUGCAGCUCUCUUUGCGGGUCUGUGCAGCAUCUUUUCUGCGCGAUUAAGGCCCGCUCAUCCUCGUAUACUCAUAGAGGAGCACAAGUUCCUGGUGGAACUCGCCUGCUCAGCCACCCUCGCUCCAGCAUACAAACCGGACCUCUUCAAUAAACUAGUACCGACGUCAUCCACAAUUCCACGGACAGUAGUCUUCAUCGUGUGCGGCGGAUUCAAAAUAUCGCCGGAGGAGAUGGAAGGCUACUCCAGAGUUGUCGAAAGUGAGGUGAAGCAAGGCGGAUCGUGGAAGGUGCUGUGCAAUGGCGAGCAAUGGGAUGUCGAGAAGAUAUAAGCACGCAAGUCGCGGCAUGGUUGGCUUUUGCAUGGGACGGGGAAAGACGUAUGUGUAAUCUGCGGGUCUGUGGAUUUCGCUCUGUGCCGUCGAGUUAAUAUCGAGGGGUUGGAACAUAAUAAUUCCACGCAAUCGUGAUAUAUUGAAUAGAUCUAUUGAUGCAGU